CGAACGAAGGCUAGUAUAGCCGCUCUCCGAGAAAUCAGGAAAUACCAGAAGUCUACGGAGCUUUUAAUACGCCGACUUCUAUUCUCAAGGAUUUGUCGAGAGAUUACGAUAGAUUUGGCAACUAAUGCUAGCAAUAGUGUAUGCCGUUUUCAAGCUAAGGCUCUACUUUGCUUAAAGGAACAGUGCGAGAGUAUAGUAACGAAAGUCUUUUCGUUAGCUAAUCUUCUCGCUAUCUACUACAAGCGAGUUAUAGUAAUAGCGAAAGAUCUCGAAUGUCUUCGUAGGCUGCUAAAGGAGUAG